UCCUGUCGGACAUGGCCAUGACGGAGGUGGAUCGUUUCAUGGACCGGGAGCACCUGAUCUUCCGGGAGAACACCCUCGCCACGAAAGCCAUAGAGGAGUAUCUGAAACUCAUCGGCCAGAAAUACCUCAAGGACGCCAUCGGCGAGUUCAUCCGGGCGCUCUACGAGUCGGAGGAGAACUGCGAGGUGGACCCCAUGAAGUGCUCGGCCUCCACCUUGGCCGACCACCAAGCCAACCUCCGCAUGUGCUGCGAACUCGCCCUCUGCAAGGUGGUCAACUCGCACUGCCUCUUCGGCCUCAUGCAGGAGUACCCCGACGAGCAGACCGCCCGCACCCUCACCCUCAUCGCGAAGGUCAUCCAGAACUUGGCCAACUUCACCAAGUGA